UGUGUGUUGUCUAUUCUUUUGUUUUGGUUUACUUGAAAUGGCUGCUCCAUCACCACCAGCACCGCCACCACCUGGGACAAUAAUUGGCCUAAGGAUUCCACCAAAACAACAAGACGAGCAACACCACUCAACUGUCAUACAAAUGCCCAAUGACGAAUGUGCCUGGGCACAGGGUUAUCCAAAUAUUCAAAAGGGUUGCUUCUUGGGUCGUGUCUGUCAAUAUGCCCACCCAAAGCAGUGCCAAUACUAUGAGAUCGAAAGUCUGCUUCAAGUCGGACCGACAUGUGGACUAGUGGCCUUGAGUAUGAUGUUUAAUGGAGAGCCCACACCUGCAGAACUUUUGGCAGAUGCCAAGAAGAAUAAGUACACCUUAAACGGUGAAAUGUUCAGUGCUCAAUAUUUGUACGAGCUAACCCGUAGAAAUCUGGAUCGCCGCACUGGAUCCUGCCAGCUCCAUGAGGGUGCUCUGGACUGCGAUAAAAUAAAGAAACUUUUGCGAGCAGGCGGUUGCUUGCUGGUGCCCUACGACGCUGAUACGAAUCAUGCACCAUGCCUGAAGUCUGGUCAUCGAGCCCAUUGGGCACUUGUUGUGGGUUUCCUGGUGGACGAAAACGAUGAGUUUUAUGUUUUUGCUCGCCAUGGAAAAACACGUAAUAUAGCCGUUUGGUCACUUGCCACUCUCAGCCAAAGUAAUGCAAAUUUAACACAAUUCGCCCAACCGAAAGGCUAUCCCGAUUGUACUUUUCACCAGCCAGAAGGAGGCUUGGCUGGACCCUUAGGACUAAUGAAUCGUUGCAUUCUAAUUAAUGGACUACCACAACAGAUUGUUCAUGUUUGCUGAGUGGAAAGGGAAAUGAUUUGUUUAUGAACAAAGAAAACAGUUAUUUUUUGUUUUGUUUUAAACGUUAAUAUAUUUAAUAGUACAUUUAUAAAUUACACGUCUUACAAUACAUUUUUCACUUUGUUAUCGCAA